AUGGUGAUGGAAUUGAUGACGAAGUUGCUGCUGCUGUUACUUUUGAAGACGGGUGUUGCCCAAAAGGGGGGUGUUGAAAAUCAGGAAGUCGUGGUCGAAAGUCAAGUCCCUCAGUGCGGGAUGAAGUACUUUGGAUUAAGAUGGUGUGCCAUGAGCAUUGAAAUAAAGGACGGUGCCAUCUUUAAUUUACCACAAGACACUAACUACCACAAGUCGAACAUGGUGAUGCAAUGUACACGACGUACAAACGCAAGAACGCCUACAGUUGAUGAUGAUGCGCCAUCAAUUUUAAUGAAUAAGAACAAACGAAUUGACAACAAUUAUAAAAGGAAAUACGAUUUGCAGACAUGUGCGAUGACUGCAUGCGGUCACAACAAUAUUUUCCAUAUGUAUCCGUUCUGGCAGGUAUUUAGUUUCGUAACAAUUGUACCAGCUGGCACCCAAUUUUAUAUCACGACAGAAUUACGAAAUUUUGACUUUCUUGCCCAUAGCAACUGCCCAGAGAAGCACGGGGAAAUAUCACAUUUACUUGCGAGAUAUAGCGCCUCACCAUUGCAGGUCUUUGCACACGGCUGA